AACGUAGUUCUUUGUUUGCAUUGUUGCAGGCUGCUAAAGACGAGGCAUUAUGAGUAAGGAAGUAACGCAGAAAUCUGGAGUUCCUCAAAUCAUCAAAUCUGAUGUGGCUUUGAAACUGGCUGAACGAUGGGUCAAUAAUAUGACUAAAGUUGCCGAGGACGAGCAAACAGAGGCAAAAUCUGAGGGUCGACCGUCUAGACUUGGUCUUGGUGCAAAGUUUUCACGUCAAAUGAGACCUGGACUUUCAAAUGACCCUGUGGAAAGGAAAUUGUAUGCCAACUUGCAGUCUGGAAAGAGAAAAGCUGCGAAAGAUGCUGAGGAGUCCGGCCUAACUGCAAGAGAUCCUGGUGGUGAUAGUGAUAUCGAUGAUGAGUUAGAAAGCAGAGCGAGUGCUUUUGCGAAGAAGAGACCAGUUACUCCACCCGUCUCUUUAACAAUGAAGAAGAAACGGAGAUAACCACUUGAAAGGAUUACUUUUUUGGUCGUCAAAAGGAAAAUCUAGACCGUUGAACAGGGUUAGUUCUUCCAGAAGAUUAUUCCCCUUGUUUGCUGAGAUGGAAAUACAAUAGAAAUUCUUCAUAUCCCUACUUCAUAAGAGAGGUCCACUUAUUUAAUGAGUUUUCAAUGUGCUAGCCAAGUGAGGCUUGAUGUGAUCUCUUUUGUUACUAGUUUUGAUUUUCUUAUUGUGUAUCUUGUGUCAUAUUUAAUAAAUUGUUACUUUUUUUUUUCUAAGCAAAAAGAUUAUAUCCAUAAUCAAAUCGAAUUGGGUGUUCAAAGCUAGGGAAAAGCUAUCAGCAGCAUACCCAGGGAAACAAGUAGGCCUAAUGAGGCACUUCAGAGUUGAAAUUACCUGGGCCAACUCCAGCCAAAAUGCCUUAUCUUACAGCAGGUGUUUCCUAGACAAACUCUCCCUCUUCUCCAAGUCCAUGGAAUAUUGCGAGGCAAAUUUUGCUCGUCAGUAUAACAUGACUGUGCCUCUUUUGGAAAGUUCUUGGCAAGCUUUAGAGCUGAGUAUAUGAGAUAGAUCUUGCACAGAAGUGCCUUCUACUCUUGCUGGAGCUUUCAAUCUUGGCAAGUCCUUAUUCCAAUGUCUCCUUAAGCUUGUUAUUCCAAUGCAAGUGCUUCUAGUGCAGUUGGUAGAGCAACCAAAGUCGUUGCUUGUGCUUCAGCUCUUACAAUUGGAGGAGACAUUCAAGGUGGCACUAGCCCAGGGAGGUGCUGUCUUCAGGCUGAAGGGAGGCGUGUGUUUGGUACAUCUAGUGAGGAGCGUAACAAAAAACUUGAACAGUAAUAUCCGCUCUAAAUUUUUGAGAUGGAUAGUCCAGACAAAGUUAUUGUGCAUUGGUUCCAUCUGCUGGUUUGGAACAAUUUCUGAUGAAUGGGUUGUUGAACUUGUAAAGGACAAUCUAUUAUAACUUUUUCAAGAUUGCAAAAUAGACACUCCCUCUUGGCCUUGUCUUUC